AUGAAUUACUUAAGAGAGAAGGUCUCAGGAAAAAAGAAGCGUUUAAUAUAGGAAGGAUAUAAUCUUGAUCUUACGUACGUGACUAAAAGGAUAAUUGCAAUGAGUUAUCCUGGGGAAGGAAUAGAAGGUUUAUAUCGAAAUCCAAUAGAUUAGGUGGGUGAUACCUUAAUUAUAAUUAGGUUGCUGGUUAUUUAAAUACAUAACAUAAUGCAGAUUAUAUGGUUUUUAAUUUAAGUGGUCGAAAAUAUGACUUAUCAAAAUUCAAAGGAGUAGUACAGGAUUGUUGGAUAUGGAAAGAUCAUCAUUCUCCUUCUCUGGAUCUUUUGUUUGAAAUCUGCGAUCUUAUUCAUGGUUAUUUGAAAGGUGAGAUUUAUAUAAACAAUUAGGCGACAAAAUUAAUGUAGUGGUCAUUCAUUGUCUUGCUGGCAAAGGCAGAACAGGCACAAUUAUAUGCUGUUAUCUACUCUACACAGGGAAAUUCAAGAGUGUUAAGGAUGUGCUUUAUUAUUAUGGGAAGAAGAGAUUUGAAGAGGAGGGUCUGGGAGUCAAUCAACCUUGCUAAGUGAAAUAUGUUGAAUACUUCUAUAAACUUUUGAGUAUGGGCUAUGUAAUUUAUCCAACAGUUGUUACUCUCAAAAGAAUCACAUUUUAGGGAAAGUAAGAUUAUAUUUAAAUUUGCAGAGCACCUGCUUUUAAUAUGAAUGGCAGUUGUAAGCCAUAUAUGCAAGUAAUUUAAGUUAAAAAUGAUAAAGAACUUUAUUCCACAUAAAAAGAAGCAAAAAAAUAUAAAGGGGUUUCUCAUGAUGUAUUAAAUUUUUGUGAAUUUAAGCUCAAAUUAGACAAACUAAUGCCAAUUUAUGGGGAUAUUUUAAUAAAAGUGUUCAACGAAGGAAUCUUGAAAAAAGAGAAAAUGUUUAGAUUGGCAUUCAAUACAGCAUUCAUUGAUGAGACUGCAUAAAAGUAUUUAUUAUACUUAAUAUUUUAAAGUUCUCUGGAAUUCUCAUUACACGACUUGGAUCCAAGUUAGAUAAUUAAGGACGAAAGAUUCGAUAAAAAUUUUAAAGUCAUUGUACAUUAUUCUUUAAAUUAGAUUUCUAGAUCACAAUAGAACCAUGCGCAAAGUGCAAUAAUAGGACUGAUUUCUAAAUGCUUUGUGAAAUAUGUAAAGCACGUCUGAAAGAAGAAGAGAAAUAAUGGGUGAAGAUCAACGGAUUAAUAAGUUAAUAUAAAGUACCUGAUGAUGAUAUGGCUACAGAAUUAUUAUUUAUAAAGAAAGAAUAUGAUGAUGUUGAUGAUGCAAUGCAAUUAAAAAGGACUGAAAAUUCGAAUGAUAGUGAUCCAAAAGACAGAGAGAAAUUCGAAAAGAGAGUUAGAGCAAAAACAAUCAAAUUUGUAUAAGAAUAACCAUAAUAGUAAUAAUAAUAAUAACAAUUAUUAUAAUAAGAAGGAUAAAUUUUAGAAGAAAAUGAUAAUCAAAAUUAAUGA